UUGUGAAAAAAAACAAAACUUUUUAACCGAAUUAAGAAGUGCUUGAUUGAAAUUUUAGAACUUGAAUGUAUUCUUACUUGUGAAAAAGAGAUGACGCGAUUUAUUUCUUGAAAUGGCAGACGAUACGUUAUAUAUAGGAGAUGUAAUUUGUUUAUAUUCGGCGGAAUCUUACGGAUUUGUUUUCUCGUCACAGAGCAGUUCUGUGCACAAUUGGAUUGCGGUUGGGUCCAAGCAAGAUAAGCGGAAACCGGAUGUAAAGGACCAAAAUCUGCUGUCAUUUGAGAUAUGUGUAGCCAAUCGUUACAAACUAAACAAGCAGAGCCGAGAACUUAAGUCCAAGAUUGAAGAACACCCGGAUGACUACACGCUGCGAACACGUUAUCACCAAGCAAAGAAUGCGGCGAAGGCGGAAUCUGAAGAUAAUGAAUUGGAACAGAAGAGACAGCAAGGCAAAAAGUUACUGUAUGGCCAAGUCGUACAGUUAAAGCACAGGUUUACACGGAAGUAUAUACAUGUCAGCACAGCGGCCACAUCUCCUACAGAAGGGAAAAACAUGGCGAUUGUUUUGCUACCAUAUAACGCAAAGAACGCCCAAUUCAAGGUGAUGCCGAGAUACAAGGUCAAGGCCGAAGGAGAUGUGGUACAAGAAGGGGAUCAAAUAGUUUUUGAAAGUGUUAAAUCUGCGGGGCAUUACGUACACGUGUCAAAGGCAACGUUUGGUAACCAGUCAGUGUAUCAAAGAAGCCAUGAAUUGAACUUAUCAGUCCAACAGUCAGGAUUUACAAUCUUCAGAAAAUAUAAACCGACACCUGAUGACAAUAAGAAAGUCAAGAUCGGAAAUAUAGUGAGAUUCUACCACAAAGAAAUGGAAGCUUAUUUGGUCGCAGAAGGACUUUUCGAUUUUGAAGUUACAGAAGAUGUACAUCUAAGAUGCAGGCCUGUUGUUCAAACAAACCCAAAGAGUAUGAUUCCAAGCACAUCUGCAGUGACCUAUUGGCAGAUAGAACUACAAGAGGGAUGUGUCGCUGGUGGAGUAUUUCAGUUUGGACAGCAGUGUAAGCUACUUCAUAUGUGUACCCGGAGAUAUCUAUCAGUAGAAAGUUACGAAAAUGCCAGAGGUGACAGCAAUAAAGACAAGUUUAAAGUGAACCUGACCUCCGAUCACCUUGACCCCAAAACUGUCUUUAGACUGCAUCCAGUGGACAGAGACAGUGAUGAUAUAAUUGAUGGAAGUUACUGCAGAAUAGAGAAUGUUGUAUCUGGACAGUGGCUGCAUGCUUCCACAGAUGAAUACAUAAGAAAUCAAGUGAAAGCACUGAACAAGGAGAGUAAAUCUAUGGGUUCGUUAAAAUGGAGUACCGCUGUAAUGAAAAAGAUAACAGUGGCAGAGGAGCAACAAUAUGACGACGCGUUUACAAUACAGACUGUGUCUCCGCCUCUGGAGAAAGUUUUCAUAAGCUUACUAUGCGGAAAUGGUUCCGUUUCUUGCAGAACACGUUCUGUACAUGAUGUUAUGUUGUCCUUGAGUGCCUUUGUUAAUAAAUUAUCACACUGA